AUGGAAAAAAUUGCAACUAAAAAUCUAAAAUGUCCUAAACAUUCAAAUAAAGAUUUUUUGUUUGUCUAAAUCAAUGAUGUAAUGUCUCUACCCAGCUCCAAAAAGCCUCUUUUCUACUGUUGUUCUUGUAUUAAUAAUGAUCUUGAAUUCAAAACAAUCAACUAUUUAAUGAUAGAUGACAUUAUUUAAGAAACAGAUAGUAAAAUUAUCCCAAAAUGGCCACCUGUCAAUGACUAGCAAGUCAUUUAAGAUCUCAUUGAGUUCACAUCAAAUAAAUCUUAAUGCGAAUACGUAAAUUAAAUCACAAAUUUCUUUAAUCAAUUCAAAGGAGAGUUUUUAGCAAAAAUAGACAUCAUCUAAAAAAAGAUGAUCAAUUAAACUUUAAAAUAUCCGACGCGCUAAACAAUAAUUGAAACAUAUUAAGAAAUAUCAAAAAUAUAAUAAUUUAAGUAGUUUCUAGACAAUAAUAACAAAAAAUCUAGUAUAGAAGAAAAUUCAACUCUCUGCAGGGAAUUCAUCUCAUAAAUUGAGUCAUAGAAAGAUCAAAAUACUGAAUUAUUUAAGAACCUAAUAAAUUAAGCUAAACAAAUAGAAAAAGAUGUAAAUUUUAACCUUCCAAAUAUAAUGAAAGAAUAUAUAUUUGCUUGUAUGGAUAAUAUUUCUUUCUUUAAAAGCGAUUUAUCUUAAGACUUGAUAAAUCAAAAUAGGGAAAGACAGCUAUAAUCUAAUACUACCAAUUAAAAUAAUAACAGAGACUAGACAUUGAGUGCUGAAUUAAUAAUGAAGCUUGUUUCAAAUAAAUCUAAUUUUUGCUCUGACUAAUUCCUUUAAGAAUUGAACUUAAUUCUUUAAAGGCUUAAUCCUCUUUUUUAAUAGUAUAAUUUUAAAAAAGUUCAUACAGAAAAUAAAGAAGCUAUUGAUUUUUCGAAAAUUAGUGGAUAAAAGUUAAAUUAAAUAGAAGAUUAUGUUAAACAUUAAACACUUUUAACAACUCAGCAGUCUUACGAAAAUAAAGUUAAGGAUAGCUUAGAAAUAAAAUAAAUUAAUUUAAUCAUAAAUUCUCAAAUGAAUUUCUUAAAUGGUUAAUUCACAGUUCAGUUUGAAAAAUUUUUAAUUGAUGUAAAACCUUUUUUAAAGCACAUUAAUUUUUCAAAUAUUUUUUCUGACUAAAAUAAAUUUUUUUUAUUCAGAAACCUAAACAUUAAUGAUGAAUGGAUAAGAAAUAAUUAUUUACAAAAUUUAUUCAGUUAUAAUUUUUAACUAUUAAUAACUUAACAUAAUAAUGGAUAACUAAGUUGCUAAGUAAAAAAAAAAUAAAAUGGUCAAUAAAAAAUUAAGAAGUUUGAAGGUAAUAAAUGGGUGAAUUGUGUUUCAGAAAUUAAUUUAAUUAAAGAUUUGAAAUAUAUUUUUAGAAUACAAAUUAAAGAUAUUUAAGAAGGUGCUCAUUUCAUGAUAGGUCUAAUGACAAAUUUAAAUUCUAAUAAAUUUGAUGGAUAUAAAGAUUAUUUAAGCUGCCAUUUUAGAUAUAUAAAUUAAUUUAUAGAAAAAUCUGAUCCUAGAACAGGUUCUUCUAAUUAUGGCAUUGAUAAAAUAUUAAAAGGAGACUGUUUUAAGUUAACUAGAGAGAAAAUAAUAGAAUUAAGAGUUUGCUUACAAAAUUAAAUUUUAGAAGUGGUAGAUUAUCCUAAUUAUUAGUAUAAGCUAGGAUUAGAUGAUUCUUAUAAAUAUUUACUCACAAAAAAUCAGGAUCUAAAACUUUACAUUGGUUUAAAAAGCGAGGGGAUUAAAAUAGUUUUGAGAGAAGCAUAAAUUGUGAAUGAGUUUAAAAAUUGA